AUGGAAGGCAAUUUAUCUUCGGGACAUAUGAUUCAAGGUAGUGGUUCUUAUGGAGGUGUUGAUUUGCAAGGUUCAAUCCGAGUUCAUCAGAAUCAACAACACCCCACUUCUCUCCAUCAACAGCAUCACUCUGUUCCUAGACAAGGAUUGAUGGUUCUACCAUCAAUAAGUGAAAAUUUUCCCCUCACCAUGACAAGCACACAAGAUGGUGAUCGGACCAUCUCCUUAGCAGAUUUUUCCAAGGGAGAAAGGGGAAAAAGUACUGCGAGCGAUGACGAUGAGCUGGGCUUUACAGAAGAUGCCUCCAAUGGCCAUAAUGAUCCUAGUAAAGGAAAGAAGGGUAUGCCAUGGCAGCGAGUGAAGUGGACUGAUAAGAUGGUGAGGCUUUUGAUUACUGUUGUUUCUUACAUGGGCGUGGAAACUGCUGUUGACUAUGGUAAUGGAAUCAGGAGGAAACCUGCAAAUUUACAGAAAAGAGGUAAGUGGAAAUCAGUUUCAAUGGUCAUGGCAGAAAGGGGUCAUCAUGUUUCCCCUCAGCAGUGUGAAGAUAAAUUCAAUGACCUUAACAAGAGGUACAAGAGACUAAAUGAUAUCCUUGGGAGGGGCACUUCUUGCCAGGUUGUUGAGAGGCCGGAGCUUUUGGACAUGAUGGAUCAUUUAUCAGAUAAAGCGAAGGAGGAGGUUAGAAAAAUCCUUAGCUCAAAGCAUUUGUUCUACGAGGAAAUGUGCUCUUACCAUAAUGGAAACAGAUUGCAUCUCCCCCAUGACCCUGAAUUGCAACAUUCUCUGCGACUGGCUCUUAGAAGUAGAGAUGAUGACGAGAGCAAUGAUGUGAGGAGACAUCCACAAGAUGAUCUCAAUGACGGUGAUCAAGAUGCAGAAACUAAUGACAGUGAUGAAUUUGGUGGAAAUCAUGCUUUGCACAGUGAUCAAAGGGCUACAUAUGGGAUGCACAGGCACUCAGCAAAGAAAAAGAAACAGUGUCAGGGUGGUGAAGAUGUUAGUUUAGAGAAUUGCUUGAAUUCUUUAGACUGUAAUAAAGCUUUCAGUUCAAACCCACAAAAUGUGCGAGGUGACAGGAACCAAGUGCUACCUGAAGGUGCAAAAUCAAACCUGUUGCAAAAUCAGUGGAUAAAAUAUUGCUCACUUCAGUUAGAAGAACAGAACUUGCAAAUUCAGGCGCAGAUGUUGGAAUUGGAGAAGGAGAAGUUCAAGUGGCAGAGAUUCUGCAGGAAGAAAGAUCGGGAGCUGGAGAUAAUGAGACUGGGAAAUGAGAGGAUGAAACUUGAGAACGAGCAUAUGGCAUUGGAGCUGAAACAGAAGCAGCUGGAUGUUGAUCAUAAUUGAAUUGCCCUGUGCAGUUGAAAUUAGUUUAUCUAGUAAGGACUGGUUGCGUGCAAUAGAAUUUCUGUUUUAUGUUAAGCAGUAUUUUGGUUUUAUCUGGUUUGUCAUAGUUUGAGCAGGUUUUAUCUGGAGUGUCAUAGUUUGAGCAAGAAACCCUGUUGGAAGUACUCCUGUGUGGAUAACUGUGUGAACAAUAUAAAAUGUCAGCUGUCUCUGUUUCUCCUUAAAUGAAAUGGUAUUGCCUAUGUGUCUAGCAUAUUUUGAUAUAGAACUCUAUUACUUCAUGGGCUCCCUUUGUGGUAUGUUCUUGCUUCUGCUUCCUUAUUUGGGCAUUUAGUUUUUAUGUCUCUAAUUUAGGUUUAGUUUGUUGAAAGAAAGAAAUAGAAUCUGUUACUUGUGGUUUGCAUUCUUGAAAAAUAUCUGCAGCCCCUGCACGUGAUUCUAAUUAGAGAUCACUGCCUUUUUUCUACCCCAAAAGACAAUACCUACAUUUGUUGCCCAAUCUAGCUUUCAAAAAUGAAAGAAAAAUGUCUUAUUUUGGCUACCUGCAAAUUAACUUAAAAUUCUUUCCAGGAUGAACUUAAAAUUUUCUUUUCUUGAUUGGAAAUUUUGAUGGGCAACCUUGUAAGACCCUAUGUGAGAUAGGCAUCGCAUUCACAAACCAGAGUGUCAAGCAUGACAUAUUUUUUGAAUUAUUUAGACGGGUUGAUUGGUAAUGACAGGGAUGAGCUCUAUACCAUGCUGGCUUGCCAUUUUCAGCAUGCUAUGAUGAACACAAAGGCCUUGGAGAUAGCUAGUUGAGCAAUGUGUAAAAAGCUAGGUAUCUCGCGAUGCAAAUAACAAUUAUAUGUGAUUCCAUAUUGAUGGUGUAUGAAAAUGACCCUGCAGGUCUGCACCAUUGAAGAAACCCGUUUUUGGGCCAAAGACGGGAUAAACAGAACAAUUCUGAUAAGGGGAGGCCUCUCCAUUUACUCUUUGGUUUUUCCUUGAUACCUUUGAUGAAUGUUUAGACCAGAAACUAAAUUUUUGAUGUGCUUUGCUGCUGAUGUUUUUAAGUACUUUUGCUCAAUACCAUUGGAAGUAUGGAUGCCAGCUUUGGAUGCCAACAUGAUACAGAAAUGAUAAUGCUUUCAACCUUAUCCACACCUUAUUUGUUGGUCAGUCUUCCAUUAGGUUGGUUCAGAUUGCAGAUAUGACUUCUCCAUGUUUGAACUGGUUCAGUUUGCACGUAUGACUUCUCCAUGUUUGAACUCCAGCCAUGGAAACUAGGCGUAACUUUCAUCUUGGUAGUAGAUGGUCAAAAGGCUUUAUGGCUUCUCAGGAUUCUGCCCCAAUGUAUGGUUAUUGCCAGAGGUGAUGUUCGUGACAUUCCUGCACUCUAACAAUCUUAGCCAAGAGUUUAAGAUGAAGGAUUUGGGAUCUCUCAAUUAUUUCUAGGCGAUGGCUAGCUACUAAAUUUCACAGGAUAAGUAUACCCCUGAAAUCUUAUCAUGUGUAAGUCUAACAAAUGGCAGAACUAUUGAGCGACCUCUAGAAAUGAAUGUUAAUCUUUUUCCCAGUAGUGUUGAGCUCUUAACUGAUGUCAUUUUGUAUGGACGAUUAGUUAUUUUGAUUUAUAUGAUUGUGACUUUCCCUA